UAGCUUCCCGGCUGCAGGCUGCGGGUGCAGCUGGCUGCAGUGAUUCAGACUCCACCGCUAGAGUUCUCCCUGUGGCUCCGCAGCUCCGCUCGGCUCCGUCUGCCCUGUGUUUACCUCUCAGCCAAGCUGGACACAGACCUUCACCAACCAGUAGCUCGAAAAAUACUAAUGUAAGCUGACUCGAGUCCAAUCCUUAACGGAUUUUCUGCAGCGCUGUGUGCUUGUGACACUGAGGCGGAGUUGAGAUGAAUAAGGAAAUCAUGUCACGCGUGGUGAAGAAGAGGCAGGCGGACCCUAAGGUGGUCCAGUAUGUCUGGGAGGCCAUCGAGGUCAUACGCAACCAGAAACAAAUCGCAAACAUGGACAGGAUCUCAAAGUACCUGAGCCGUGUGUUUGGCAUGCACCCAAAGGAAACCGCCAGACAGCUGAGCCUGGCUGUGAAGGACGGCCUGGUGGUGGAGACCCUGACUGUUGGCUGCAAGGGCUCCAAGGCCGGCAUCGAGCAGGAGGGAUACUGGCUGCCUGGGGAUGAGAUGGAUCCGAAAGCCGAGGGAAGCAAGGUUAGUAAUCAGUCAGCGGACAGACCGGAGUUCGAAUGUGAGACGCGCUGUGAAGCAGUGCCUAGAUGGAGGCCAGCUCUCCCUCUGCAGGACUGGGAGACCGAGAGCCACGAUUGGUACUGCUUCGAGUGUCACCUGCCAGGCGACGUGCUCACGUGUGACAACUGCUUCCGGGUCUACCAUCUCAAGUGUCUGUCGGAGGAGUUCAAGCCCAGAGACGGAGGAUCUCCCUGGCAGUGUGUCGUCUGCAGGGGAAGUAAAAAGAAGAACUUGAACAAACAGGAGAUGUGUAAAUACCUGCGCUUCAUUGUCCAGCGUAUGAAGGAGAGGGCAGUGGACCUGAACAAAAAAGGCAAAGACACUAAACAUCCCAUGUACAGACGACUGAUCCACACGGCACUGGAUGUCACCAACAUCCAAGAGAAUCUGUCUGAAGGGAAGUAUAAGAGUUUCGAGGAGUUCAAAGCAGACGCUCAGCUGAUUGUUCACAACACUGCCAUCCUGUACGGAGUUCACAGCGACCAGGCGGAGAUUGCUCGGCUGCUCUUCAGUGACACGUGCCACGAGCUGAACGAGUUGUUGUUAUGCAAGAACUGUUUCUACCUGUCAAACGCGCGGCCCGACAACUGGUUCUGCUAUCCCUGUAGCCCCAGCCACGACCUGGUGUGGGCCAAGAUGAAAGGUUUUGGCUACUGGCCAGCCAAAGUGCUCCAGAGAGAGGACAACCAGGUGGACGUACGCUUCUUUGGACAUCAGCACCAGAGAGCGUGGAUCCCCUCAGAGAACAUCCAGGACAUCAAGGUGAGCGUCCAGCAGCUGCAGGUGAAGCGCAGCAAUGGCUGGAAAAAAGCGUGCGAAGAGCUGGAGGUGUACCAGCGCUUCCUGAGGGAGGGACGCUUCUGGAAAACGAAGAUGGAGGAAGGCUGCCCGCCACACCAACAGAACCAGAGUCAGCGGCAGCAGCAGGAGGAGGGCAGCGUGAGGACGGACAGACUGGAGCGGACAGACGAAGCCGAGUCCAGCAUCUCCUCCACCAGCAAUGAGCAGGUCCGCCAUCUCAAAGGCAGCCAAGAGCCCAAGGCAAAGAAAAGCCGUCGGAGUCACCUGGUUGAGCCCAAAGAGGAAGUCAGUGACCCGGAGCCGGAGAUGGAGGCCGUCAGCUCCAGUCAGGAGAUCCCGGUGUCCUCGGCGCCGCAGCAGCCAGAAAAACUGUCUGUGUCCACGCAGACCAAGAAGGCCAGCGGGGGGUCCCCGCGCACGCUGCACCGCGGCACCCAGACCAACACCGACGGCGCCUGUCAGAACAUGUGCCACGAGAAGUACACCAAGGUCUUCAACGACGUCAAGGAGAUGAUGAAGGCCGACAACAAGAGGGAGACGGAGAGGGUCGUCAGGGAAGCUCUGGAGAAGCUCCGUGCAGAGAUGGAGGAGGAGAAACGGCAGGCGGUGAAUAAAGCGGUGGCUGGAGCUCAGGCGGAGAUGGAGAGGAAAUGUAAGCAGGUGAAGGAGAAGUGUAAAGAGGAGCUGGUGGAGGAGGUGAAGAAGCUGGUGGCCCAACACAAACAGCUCAUCUCUCAGACCAAGAAGAAGCAGUGGUGUUAUAACUGCGAGGAGGAGGCCAUGUACCACUGCUGCUGGAACACCUCGUACUGCUCCAUCAAGUGUCAGCAGGAGCACUGGCACGCCGACCACAAAAGAACCUGCCGCAGGAAGAGAUGAAUGAACAAGCCCCGCCUAUCCCCGACCGUACACAGCACGCCAUUGGCUCUCGCCCUCUCCUGUCAGUCAGUGUCUACGACAAACUCACACCCACACACACACUUCUCCCUCCUGCUUCUCGACUUGCCUUCCUGAAAACUUUGUGGACCCGAUGUUUUUCUGCGUGCUGAGCGAUUUGUUCCUAUUUUGUUUCUAUUAUUUAAUGUACCCAUUGUAAUGACUUUUUUUCUUUCUAUACUUUUAUUUUUCCAGUGAACAGUUUGUUCAAGAGCGUGGCUCAAAUGUUAUGAGUUAUGAUUUUUUUUUAUUUUACUGAAGUGCUAAUUUUGUGUCAGAGAAUGUGUUAUUUAAGUGUGUAGGAACAGAUGAGCAUUAACUAAAUACAUUUUAUUACCUGAAUUUUUAAAAUAAACCUUUUUCUUACUGUAAUGCAGCACGCCAUCAUCUUACAGAACAUUUCAAAACGGUACCGUGAGCACCAUCGCAGCAUCCAUCGAGCUCCGCUUUCAUAGACAAAACUGAUGUAAUAAUUUUAAAAAAAGGCUCGCUGACUUUAAUGAUGCAGUUUGUUCUUUUUGUGAAUGGUUGCGGUGGAUGGCACCUUUUACCAUUUCUACCUAAAGUUUUAUUGUCCUAAAGUCACUUAUUGGGAACAGGGUCAAAAAGUCGGCUUUAAAAGAUUCCGACAGAAGAAAUCUUCCAUGUAAGAUUUUUAUUGUAAUUAUGCACAUUUUUUUUUCUUUUGGUGACUAAACUGUUUUUAUGAGUCACAUAAAAAAGUUUUGAAUUUGUUCUAAAUUUGAGGAAAUGUACAGCAAUCUUUCCUGAGCUGGAUCUUAGAGAGGUUACCUGAUUCGACGGGAUUUUUUUUUUUUUUUUUUGCACACUUCAUUUUCUUAAGGACCCAGAUGCGUGUAAUAUUGCCAAAAAGUCGCACCUUUUUCGAACGU